AUGACAGGACAGGGUGCCCCUGCAGGAGGACCAGGUUCAGCAUACGGCGGAUCUCAGAAUCGAUCAUACGACGACCGCAGUGCGCACAGGGAACAGAACAUGAGCAACAUUCGGGAGACGUCGCAGCAGGAUCGCCGCGUCUACGUCGGCAACCUCUCCUACGACGUCAAAUGGCAUCAUCUCAAGGACUUUAUGAGACAAGCUGGAGAAGUGCUCUAUGCCGACGUUUUGCUACUUCCAAAUGGAAUGUCGAAGGGAUGCGGAAUUGUGGAAUAUGCUACGAGGGACCAAGCCCAGAACGCCGUCGCGACACUCAGCAACCAGAACCUGAUGGGCAGACUUGUCUACGAUCGCGAGGCCGAACCUCGAUUUGGACCACCGUCGGGCGGCGCCGGGCGCGGCGGCUUCAUGGGCGGCCCAGGAGGUGGCCCAGGAGGCGGCUAUGGCGGCGGCGGCGGCGGAUUCAACGCCGGAAUGGCAGGCCAAGGUGGCCGGCAAAUCUACGUCUCCAACCUCCCUUAUACUGUAGGUUGGCAAGACCUAAAGGACCUCUUCAGACAAGCUGUCCGUACCGGUUCGGUCAUCCGAGCCGAUGUCCACGUCGGACCAGAUGGUCGACCUAAGGGCUCUGGGAUCGUGGUUUUCGAGGCCGCCGAUGACGCGCGCAACGCGAUCCAACAGUUCAACGGUUAUGACUGGCAGGGCCGCAUGCUCGAGGUCCGCGAGGACCGGUUCGCUAACCCCGCUAUGGGCGGAGGGUACGGCGGGCGUGGAGGCUUUGGAGGUGGACGAGGCGGUGGCUUUGGUGGAGGCUACGGUCGCGGUGGCUUUGGCGGUGGCCGUGGCGGAUUUGGUGGAGGCUACGGCCGCGGAGGAUACGGCGGUGCCGGUCCCGGCGUCGGUCCUGGUGUUGGUCCCGGCGCUGGUCCUGGCGGCUUUGAAGCCGGGCCUGCCGCGUCGGCACCACCCAACCCCUUCACAGACUUCGCCACGUCUGGUACAGAGAAGAACGAGACCAUCUACGUCCGAAAUCUCCCCUGGUCCACUAGUAACGAAGACCUUGUUGAGCUCUUCUCUACCAUCGGCAAGGUUGAGCAGGCCGAGAUCCAGUACGAGCCGAGCGGCCGAUCCCGCGGCACGGGCGUUGUUAGAUUCGACGGCGCCGACACAGCGGAAACGGCAAUCACGAAAUUCCAGGGGUACCAAUACGGUGGUCGUCCCCUCGGUCUCAGCUUCGUCAAGUAUAUCACGCCUGGCGUAGCGGGUGACAUGAUGGAUACCGAUCCCCACGGUGGCCUGACGCAAGACCAAAUCAUGUAA